UGAUGAGUAUGUUAGAUGGUCAGAUUCCCGAGGAGAUGUGGGAGGAUAUUCAAGAGGAGCUUAUGCGAGUGAUCCAGCCUACUGCUACUUUUGCGAUGGUUUCUAGGCAAAUAAUAAAAUCUUGUAGAAGGCGGGUUCCUACUCGGGUGCAAAGCCAGAUUAUGAACUUCUUGGCCACUCAAAAGGCAUUUACUGGUAGUGGAGAGAGUAGCAGACAGAUUGGAGAUGAUACUAUUGGGAGCACGAUUCGUAGGGAUGGAUCCGCCAGUGGCAACACGGACGAUGACAUGGAUAGGGCGGAUGACCUAUCUUAGUGAGUUAUAUCCUAAACUCGUGUUUGAAUAUUGUGGACAUCUUUAUAGUUGAGAUUAUGAUAC